AUGGUUAUUAUAACUGUUGGUGGGCACAAUAUCAGUUGCGAACAGCCGAAGGCUUGCUCAAGCGGUCUUUUGAUCCCAGUAUGGCAACCUCAGAGUGGAAUCGGUGUUGCAACGAUCGUAUUUCGCGCACUUAUCUACUUCAUUGCAUUAGCUUAUAUGUUCUUCGGUGUAUCGAUAGUGGCCGAUCGUUUCAUGGCAGCGAUCGAAGUGAUUACUUCGCAGGAGCGAGAGGUGAAAAUGAAGAAAAUUACGGGUGAACCGUAUACGAUACUGAUUCGUGUAUGGAACGAAACUGUCAGUAAUCUCACACUUAUGGCACUCGGCUCAAGUGCUCCAGAAAUAUUGCUUUCAGUGAUCGAAAUUUUCGGCAACAAAUUCGAAUCAGGAGAGCUAGGCCCAAGCACAAUCGUAGGAUCGGCAGCGUUCAAUCUGUUCAUCAUCAUUGCUGUGUGCAUAUAUGUGGUGCCAUCAACUGAGCGACGAUUGGUGCAACAUUACGGCGUAUUCUGGGUGACUGUCGUCUGGUCUACGUUCGCCUACAUAUGGCUUUAUUUGAUCAUUUCUGUCUUUUCACCUGGCGUCGUUCAGGUUUGGGAAGGCGUUCUCACAUUCCUUUUCUUUCCGUUGACAGUAAUUUCGGCUUACAUCGCCGAUCGCUACAUGGGAAACUUUGGACAACGUCUCUUGUCGGGAGCACGAAAGACUUUGCUAAGAAGUUCUCCUGCGACGACAAGAACUGACACGAAGAACACUGAAAGUGGUCGUGAUGACAUUGAACACAGAAAGUCGCUCCUUUCGACGGAAAAAGAGGCGGAUGUGAUCGCCUUUGAGGAGCAUCGUCGCCAGUAUCUGUCGGUGUUUCGGAAAUUGAGAGCUGAAAACCCGGACGCAGCCGCGGAACAACUCGGAAAACUCGCACUCGAAAAAGUUGUCUCAGAGAAACCACGGAGUCGAGCUUUCUAUCGAAUCCAGGCAACAAGAAAGCUGAUUGGGUCCGGUGAUAUCACGAAAAAGAAAAUCGAAGGAGGAGUUGAUGAGUUUGUCAAAUCGCAAGGUUCAUCUCAGCUGAAAAACUAUGUAGAAGUGAGCUUCGACCCUGCUUAUUACAUGUGCUUGGAGAAUAUUGGUACCCUAAAGGUUGGUGUCAAGUGCGAACGUAAUAGUGUUCAGGAACCGACCGUUGUUACAGUGCAUUGGGAAACGAUCGCUGAUAGCGCGGAAGAACAUGACGAUUUCGUGCCGGUCAGUGGAGUCCUGAAAUUUGAUCCAGAUGAAUGUCGGCAUGAAAUUGGAAUCGAUAUUGUUGAUAAUGAUGUGUACGAACUAGAUGAGCAAUUUUUCGUUCGUCUAUCGCAAGUGGAGGCUCAUCAGCUUGGUGAUCAGGAUCAUUGGAUCCCGGCAAAGCUCGGUGUCGCAUCGACAGCUACUGUGGUCAUUGUUGACGAUGAUCAUGCGGGUGCGUUUGGAUUUAGCUCAGAGAAAUUCAAGGUUGCAGAAACUGAAGGAAUAUUUGUGGCUGAAGUGUUACGUACUCGUGGCGCACGUGGUGAGGUUUCAGUGCCGUUCAAGACAGUUGAUGGUGAUGCAAAAGCUGGCGCUGACUACACUCAUGUCGAGGGUGUUCUUCGUUUCAAAGAUGGACAGACUAAAGCCGAGAUUGAAAUUCGGAUCGUUAACGAUGAUGAGUAUGAGAAGAAUGAAGAGUUUUAUUUGGAACUCGGUGAGCCAAUUUGGCAUCAUGAGGAACCAGUCGAUGAAGAGGCCGCACUCGGACGACCGGUGCUAUCUGAUCUGCCACGAUGCAAAAUUGUGAUCACCGAAGACUACGAGUUCAAAAACUUCAUCGAUAGAAUAGUGAAAAAUGCAAAUACAUCGAUAAUGGUCGGUACACACAGCUGGAAACAACAGUUUCAAGAGGCAGUAGAAAUUCCAACGGAAAAAGAAGAUCAUUUGAAGGAAAGUGAGAUCAAUCACGUUCUCAUUAGCAUUAUGUUCUUAUUAGCAUUGGCCUCCGUUCACAAUGAGUUAUCAAUUCGGCAGUCGGUUAUUCUGCUUGCAGAUGAAAAGCCAUCAAAGCAGGAUGUCUUGUUGCAUUAUGCUGCGUUGCCGUGGAAAUUCUUAUUUGCUUUCAUUCCACCAACAGACUACUACAAAGGAUGGCUUUGUUUCUUUGUUGCAAUCGUCAUGAUUGGUUUAUUGACUGCGGUCAUCGGUGAUCUGGCGUCACAUUUCGGUUGUACUGUUCGUUUGAAAGACUCUGUCACAGCCAUUUCGUUGGUCGCAAUGGGAACAAGUGUUCCUGAUUUGUUUGCAUCAAAAACUGCGGCACUACAGGAUCGCUGGGCAGAUUCGUCAAUUGCAAAUGUGACUGGUUCAAAUGCUGUCAAUGUUUUUCUAGGAAUUGGCAUUGCGUGGGCUAUAGCAGCCGUUUACCAUGCGCUAAAUGGAACGCAAUUCCGUGUUUCUGCUGGUAAUCUGGCGUUUUCGGUGACGAUGUUCCUGAUUGGUUCGUCGAUUUGCAUCGCUAUUUUGCAGUUUCGUCGUUUUUCAUCGUCAAUCCGAGGUGAACUCGGUGGUCCCGUGAUAACAAAAUCCCUAUGUGCGCUGAUUUUCAUUGGUGUUUGGUUAUUAUAUUUGUUGUUGAGCACGUUGGAUGCUUAUUGUGUACUUGGCGGAUUUUGA